UCCUACUCGUUGGCUGUAAACAGCUGCCGUGGCUCUUCUCUCCAUUGAAUAACACUUGUCUCGUGUGUACAACAGUUGAGCUGUUCCAAGCUGUUGUUUUGAAGAACGUUUAAGUGCUGUUGUGGGAGCCAGACGGCGCCGACCACGUGACUACACCUCCUCCCUACUCGGCAAUGAUCGGCACGAAACAUUACGAUACAAUUUAACCCGAUUAUUCCGAACUUGCGUAUUGUAUCGUCGAAAGAUUUUUACGUACAAGCGCCACAGCUAUAUCCUCGCGAAUCGCCACACAAACUAGCCAUUUUGUAAUGGUAAAUUAGGGGAAAAUAAUGGGUUUUUGAUAAGGGUGCGUGGUUACCGCCGGGGGAGGUGCGCGUGGAUGGGCCGGGUGGCGCGGCCGGCGCUCCCUAGUGUGUUUACAUCAGUGAGUGAGGCAGCAUGAAUCCCACAAUUCUCUUCCUCGUCUCGGUAUUGAUAGUGACAACGCUUGGCACCGCUGACGGGUUCUCACAAAGAAUCAAGCGGGGCAAGGAAACCUGGGGAUAUGUGAGAGUGCGCGACAAGGCGCACAUGUUCUUCUGGCUGUACUACACCACCGCUGAUGUCGACUACAAGCUUCGGCCACUGGUUCUGUGGCUUCAGGGUGGCCCAGGUGCCUCUUCUACGGGCAUUGGCAAUUUCCUCGAGAUAGGCCCACAGGACGCGUCUCAGCAAAAUAGGACCAAUGCUUGGACGGAGCAGGUGAACGUACUCUUCGUUGAUAAUCCAGUAGGAACAGGCUACAGCUAUGUUGAAGACCCGAAGCUUCUGGCCACCAACAACACUGUUAUUGCUGAUGACCUUGUGUCCUUUAUGAAAGGAUUUUUCAUAAAAGUUCCAGAGUUUGAGAAUAUCCCACUCUACAUCUUUGCAGAAUCCUAUGGGGGAAAAAUGGCAGUGAAGUUUGCACAAUCACUCAACAAGGCAGUGCAACAGAAGAAGAUAAAAUGUCAGUUGGCUGGUGUAGCUUUGGGAGAUUCAUGGGUGUCCCCUGUUGAUGCUGUGCUCUCGUGGGGACCAUACCUCUAUGCCACGUCACUGAUCGACUCUGCAGGCUUGGCCAAGAUCAGUAAGAAGGCCAAGGAAGUAUCGGAUGCUGUUCAGGCUGGAAAGAUGGGUCAAGCCACAGAACUCUGGGGUCAGGCAGAAGAUUUGAUCGAGAAUGUAACAAACGGUGUCAAUUUCUACAACAUUCUCAAGCAGGCUCAUAAAGAUAAUUCUUCUAAUGCUGUUACAGUUCUUCCCUCAAAUGAGAUUGCUUCAAGAAUUCAUGAAUGCCUCUAUCAUCGCUAUGUGGGUCAGUUUUCUGCCGUAUUGGAUGCAUUAAUGAAUGGGCCUAUACGUGACAAACUGAAGGUUAUCCCACACAACGUGACUUGGGGUGGACAGAGCCAGCUCGUGUUCAGGGCCCUUGCUGCAGACUUCAUGAAUUCAGCUGUGAAAGAUGUGGAGCUUCUUUUGAAUACAUCGGCAAUAAAGGUCAUCGUCUACAAUGGUCAGCUAGACCUGAUUGUUAAUAUUUUAGGUGUACAGAAAUGGGUUGAAAAUCUGCAUUGGGUAGGCACCAAGCAGUGGGUGAAUGCUGCUAGAAUUCCCAUGGAAGAUGAGAGUGGUGGCACUGUUGCAUUUACAAAAUCAUUCAAGAACUUCACCUUUUACUGGAUUUUAAAUGCAGGACAUAUGAUUCCUAUUGAUGCGAGCGACGUGGCUCUAAGGAUGAUGAAAGCGGUUGUAGGCGUGAAGUAAAAUACUGGUAAUAUAAAAUGUGAAACAGAAGAGUGGCAAAGUAUUAAAUAAAGUUAAUGUUAGAAAGAUUUUAGUUAAACAAAAGAAAAAAACAAAAAAAAUGUAUAUUUUAGAUAUAUAGGUACAGUAUAGUGUGAAAAGUCAAGCAAUGGGGAGGAUACAUGAAGUAUUAUUGGUGCUACAGGAUGGCAUUGACUAUUGAAUGUUAGGACAGCAUAAAUAUUAAUGUUUGCUACUGUGAUAUAAUUUGUAUACUGUAAAUCAGCAAUGCCCCACCCCCCCCAACAAAUACUAAUAUGCCGAAGUUAUUACAUAUGAAUCUUUAUGAACUAUAUUAGUGGCCAAUUAUUUAUAUAAUGUAAUUACUGUAAUAAUAAAAAGUGAAUAAAA